AAAGCUCCUAGAACAAAAAACAUUCCUUUUUCCUUUUGAUUUCAAACAAAAGAUUUCCAAACUCGAGCGGCUGUUGAAUCAGUCAACAAUCAAAAAGAAAAAAUUGUUGUGUGGAGGGGAAGAAGAUUCACCAUACCCAAAUUUUUUUGUCAAGCUUCAAUCAGUGAUUAAUGGGAGAGGAUGGAGCCUCCACCUUUACUGUGGAUGAUGCCCUUUUGCACAUGGGGUUUGGAAAAUUCCAAAUUCUCGUGCUUGUUUAUGCCGGAAUGGGUUGGGUUUCAGAAGCUAUGGAAAUGAUGCUUCUCUCUUUUAUUGGUCCGGCAGUUCAAGCUUUAUGGGGUCUCACUUCCCAUCAAGAGGGCCUAAUAACCAGUGUGGUUUUCGUCGGGAUGCUUGUUGGAGCGUAUUCAUGGGGUGUUGUCUCAGAUAAAUAUGGAAGAAGGAAAGGGUUCCUCAUCACCGCAGUAGUUACUUCUGGAGCUGGCUUUUUGAGCGCCUUGUCUCCAAAUUACAUUUCAUUGAUUAUUUUUCGUUGUUUGGUUGGUCUUGGUCUGGGUGGUGGCCCCGUUCUUUGCUCCUGGUUUCUAGAAUUUAUUCCUGCCCCAAGCAGAGGCACUUGGAUGGUUAUUUUCCAAGCGUUCUGGACUUUUGGGACCAUUUCUGAGGCCUCACUUGCAUGGUUUGUCAUGCCUAGAUUGGGUUGGAGAUGGCUACUUGUUCUGUCGGCUAUCCCUUCAUCUGUUCUCCUUGUAUUCUAUGUGUUUGCACCCGAAUCACCCCGGUAUCUAUGUCUGGAAGGUAGAAAAGAGGAAGCACUUGUUGUUUUGGAGAAAAUAGCUAGAAUGAAUGGAGCGAAAUUGCCUUCUGGAAUUCUUGUUUCUGAGAAUGAAAUCGAGUUAGCUGACAAGAGUGCUCCAACAGAAGAUACACAGUUGCUUCAAGCAGAAGAGAACGGAUACGAAACUCCUAUGCAAAUUAAUCCUAAAGCAGGAGGCAUCUCAUCGCUGUUGCACCUUCUUUCACCAGAAUUAGUUCGGUCAACCACACUCUUAUGGAUGGUUUUCUUUGGAAAUGCAUUUUCAUACUAUGGACUCGUAUUACUGACAACGGAGUUGCACAAUGGACGUAAUACUUGUCGUCCAGAAGCACUGCAAUCAGAAAAGCUCAAUGGCGUCAGCUACAAAGAUGUUUUCAUUACUACUUUUGCCGAGUUCCCCGGCCUCCUCAUUUCUGCUUUCACUGUCGAUAGAUACGGGCGUAAGUUUUCAAUGGCAGUUAUGUUCUUCCUGUCUUGCAUUUUCCUGCUCCCACUGGUAGUCCAUCAGCCUCGGAGACUGACAACAGGCCUCCUCUUCGGUGCUCGAAUAUGCGUUACGGCAAGCUUCACGGUUAUGUAUAUAUAUGCACCGGAGAUAUACCCAACAUCCCUUAGAUCAACCGGUGUUGGAAUUGCAAGCUCGAUGAGUAGAAUUGGCGGGAUGGUAUGUCCGCUCGUUGCGGUGGGUCUAGUGCAUGGAUGUCAUCAAACCGCUGCCAUUUUGUUGUUUGAGGUUAUAAUUUUUGCGGCAGGGAUAUGCGUACUUCUGUUCCCGGUAGAGACUAUGGGUCGGGACUUGAGUGAUAGCGUUUCUAGUUCGAAACAGACAAUUGAGUCAAGUUAAAUAGUGAGAGGGCUUUGCACCUUCUGUAUAACAGUUGUUUUACUACAAAGAAGACAAUAAAGAAGUUUUUGGCUUCCAUAGAAAA